AUGUGGAUAACUAUCGCUUUUCAUGUAACGGUCAACACAAGUUCACGGCUUAUGCUGACACUUGCAGAAUCUCAAAUGGCAUUUCUAAGAGCUUUUGGAGAAGGUUUUGCUUGGGAAUUAAUUGAAUUGUAUUCGGGUCCACCACAUGUUACUUUUAAAUGGCGUCAUUUUGGUCGAAUGACCGGCUGCUUUUCAUGUCCAUCUUUUUCAGGUUAUACCUACAAAGUAAAUCCUUCGAAUAAAAUGGUAAAUAUAUAUGGGAUGUGCAAGGUUACAAUGGCAUCAGAUUUCAAGAUCCAAGAUUUACAAGCCUUCUUUGAUAUCAAUCAAUUGUUUGCUCAAUUUACAGAACUGUGUCCAUUAGCCCCAUUUGCUAAUAUACCAAGUUUGGUGAGCUCAUCAACAGGAAAAACAAUGAAUGAAUCAGCAGUCAACAACAGAAGUGCAUCUAUCAGUAAACCAAAUCCAGCUAUGAACCAUGGAAAUUCGCAAAUAAAUCAGCAUUCAGCAAUAUGUACGAUCAUUUGA